ACCACCGGCGCACCGAGGACCAAUCUGCCAGCCAUGAUGAGAAAGGCAUCCUGUCUCGAACACCACGAUAUCUACCCGCGAUGGACUUUUUUCGAGCAUCGACCAGCCCAGCACCCCAGAAGCGGGCAAGCAAGCCAAAGGUCCGCACCGGUUGCGCUAGGUGCAAGCAGCGCCAUAUCAAGUGUGACGAGGCUAGGCCCGCCUGCUCCACCUGCUCCAAGAGCAGCGCCGAUUGCCAGUAUAUCAUCCUCGAGCGCAAGAAGCAGGUCCGGCGCAGCAAGCCCCGCGCAUCGGAACAAUCCAGGCCCUUGGCCACCAUCCAGCCCGUUCAGCGCAACCAUGUCGAGCUCGUCGGCGUCCCGCGCGGCGUAGGCUUUGGCCCGCGGACGACGGCCAUCGAGGCCGCCUAUUUUGACCAGUUCCGCCUCAUUGCCAAUGUCGAGCUGGCCCAUCCGGACCUGUGGGGCCGCGCAAUGCUUCGCGAGAGCAUGCGCGACGACGGCGUCCGGCACGGCCUCAUGGCCCUUGGUGCCCUGUCCAAGGCCCUCCACGGCAAUCCUGACCCCAGCGUCCGGCGGCUGAAUCUGACUGCUCCUGGGUUUCUUGCCAAUACACACUAUCAAGCUGCCGUCUUACACUACACGACAUCGCUGAGGCUGCUACGGAAGAGUCUUGCCCAGGAUGGCGUCACACGCAACCCGCGGGGCGUGCUGCUGACGACGUUCAUAUUCAUCAAUUUUGAGAGCAUGCUGGACAACGCCAGCGCCGUCGACAUACUUCUGGCGAACGCUGUACACGUCCUCAGCAGCCAUCUCGUUUGCUUCAAUCGCAAGGGCAAUCGCAUCGCUGCCAAUGUUGACGAUGAAGGCAUUGCCAUUGCGGAAUACCUCCUGCCGCGGCGGGCCUCCAUGUCGGCAUUAUCAAUACCGCUGUAUCCUACCAUGAAGCGCGUUCCAUUCCCAGUCUACUCAACACCGCCGACGAUGGACAUCCCACAGACUUCACAGUCCAUGCGCGCCCUGCGGCUUGUGUGGGACAAGGCCAGCACAUACUAUGCCCUCUGGAUGCUUCGCUGCACACAGGCAGAAGAAGAAGGCAUACCCAUCGAUCCAAAGCGAUUUGCGUGGCAACAGAGCGUCAUCAUAACCAAUCUCAACUACUGGGAAGGUACUAUGAAGAAGAUUCUUGCAGCGGAGACAGACCCCGCCAAAAGACGAUCACUGAUGCUGAGCCUUGUCGCCAUCCAAACCCUGCUCGGCAUGGUUCUAUGCUUUGCCGAUCCUACCAUGAUGGCCUGGGACGCCCACACGCCACUGUUUAGCGAAGCGCUAGACUUCGUCGAGUCUGCCAUGGCGAUACCACGGUCCCAGUCGGGCAAGAAUGAUGAGCAUAUUUUCGACGACUCGAUUGUUCCGGCAGUGGAAUACCUGUCGCAAAAGUGCCGGGAGAAAGGGCUUCGGCGGCGCUGCCAGGAUUUACGUGAGAUGCUGGGCCGGGCCGCACAUAAGUGCGGGUCCACCUCCAAGGAGAAGACAGUGCGGCUAAGCAUCGGGAUCCUCGUGGCGGUUGAGGAGGCGGGCCGAGACGGGAACGGUUUUCUCCCCAUGGAGUCGCGGUAUUCGUGGACCGGUGCGACCUGGAAUAACGACCGUACUGAGCUCACCGUCAAACUGACUGGCACAACGUACAACCUGGACGGCACCAAGGCGCAGAAAAGUGUCGUAUAUCACCCGCCACUUGACACGGCAGCGGCUCCGGUUGGAUCACGUCGUCUCGAGGCACGUCCCCGGGAAAUCACACUGGUGGACAGCAGGAAUAGCUCAUGGCCGUAGUGGAGGCCUGUCAAGGGAAAUUUAGGGUCGGUCCGGUGCCGCGAUAGAAAAAGGAGGCAUUGCCUAGUGACAGCCUCGCAGCUUCUCAGAGCUUCUGUAGACUAUAGAAUAUCAAAGAAUCAAGGGGGCCACCCAAUAAAAAGUUCACCGCUCCUGC